AUGGAAAGCGAAAAAGAUAAAACGGAAUCACCGACCGGUUCUACUGUUACGGAAGCCAAUUUCGCCAACCAGAACCAAAGUGCCCAGAAGGAAGUACUGCGAAUGCGGGAAGAAUUCAACCAACAGCGUGCCCGAAUGAAAGAGUUAUUCCUUGCCAAAGAAAAUGAAUGCAAACGGCUUGCAACCGAAUCGGCUAAUACCCGAAAAGAGCUCGAAGAAGCUAAAGCACAGCUUAUGAUAAUGGAGUUCAGCAGGGAAAAAGAUGCGGAAGAACAGCGAAACAAAGUCGAGGACGAGAACCGCACUCUAAAGCAACUGGUGAAUGAAACAUUGGAUGAGUCGUCCAUAAUGCGCGAAUCAGUAAAACAGAUGAAUGACGAAAAUUCCCGGCUCAUGGAUGAGAUUCGGCAGCUCCGAGAGGAGAUUGCGGAUAGCAACCAAGUGUCGCCUAGCCUUGCAAAAACAGUGCAGCAAGCGAAGAAAAUUAUACUCAAGCUCGGUGCAGCCGAUUCAAACAGCUGUGACAACCUGGAAGAUUCAAUGCGGAAGGUAAAGAAAUAUGCCCAGGAAGAUGCGGAGGUGUUGCGAUCGUUGGUAGUACCGCUGGAGGAGGAAAUCAAGUCGUUAAAGGAGAAACUAAGGCUCGCAUACGAAAAAAUCGAAACGCUUACCACAAAACAUGAACGAAACCCAGAUGGUGGGCAAACGUCAGCCCUGAUAGGAAUGCUAAGCCCAGCAGGUCCAGUACAGGGUACACCGACGGCCAAUGAGCACAUAGUAUCACAGUCUUGCGAACGGUGCGCUACCUAUGAGGCGAAUUUAGCUCGCCAGCAAGAGGAAGAAAUAAAGCGUACAACAUCAUGGGAAAAGAGCCUUGAGCGGUUGAAAGAACAAGUAGACAAAGAAGCGGCCCUGCGUGCCGAUCUCGAGGUGCAGUGGCACAAGAAACGCGAAGAGCACAAGAACGAGGUACAGAAGCUUACCGAAUGGUCCACCGAGACGGAACAAGCACUCGAGAAGCUUCGCCGAGAAUAUGAUCAGCUGAAGAUAGCCUUGCGGGAUGAGUUACAGAAACUAACACAAGAACGGGAGCACGUUUGUUAUAAACUGAACAGCCUCCAGCAGGACAACGACUUUUUGUCCGGCAAGUAUAUUGCCAGCUCGGACGCAUUGAAAGACCAAGAAAUUAACUUUCCCCAGAGCAUUGAGGAACUACAAGAGCUAGUGUUGACGCUGCAUGAAAAUUUAAUCGUGACCAAGGCGGGAUGCGAAUUUGCCGAGCGUAAAGCACGUAGCAUGCAAGAUGAGGUGGCUCUACUUCAGGAGCAGCAGCGCUGCCGUGAUCGAGAGGCCAAAAAAGCGGAACAACAUUACAUCCAAAAGCAGCACCAGCUGCAUGAUCAGUUACGCAAACAGGAACAAGAUUUUAACCGGCUCGAAAAAGCACGCGAAAAGUGGGAACAGACCGAUAGCGAACAGCAGAAGCAAAAUUCGGAUCUUCGUAUGCAGAUCAUCGAUUUGCAAGGCUGCACCGAACGGCUCGAACGGCAGAAUAAUGAUUUGCGCACGAAAAUGAUGGUACUGCAGGAAGAUCUUGCAAACAACGAGGCCGUGCAGAAAGAUUUCGUCAAGCUGUCCCAAUCACUGCAGAUGCAGCUCGAAAAGAUCCGUUCGUCGGAUACACAGGUGCGUUGGCAAGACGAUGAUGACGUCGAUCAGUGUCCAAACUGCAAAAAAGAGUUCACCGUUACGAGGCGUAAACAGCACUGUCGACACUGUGGCACUAUCUACUGUCAACCCUGUUUGUCGAAAUCCGUACCCUCGGGGCCAAAUCGGAAAGCGGCUCGAGUGUGCGACGUUUGUCAUACGUUGCUAGUCCAGGACACGGCACCAUACUUUAGUCGAGAACCUCCACAAUCACCAUAA